AGACCACACGCUUGAAGCAGAGUCCUUUCCACGUUCAUUCAUUCCUUUCGUGUCUAUACAAUCUUUUUCCUUCUUUCACACACUCAUUACACUCGUUACAGCAUCUUCAUCAUGAAGUCCUUCACUCUUUUAGCUCUGGCAGCUGCAGCUCGUCUCGCCCAGGCCCAUAGCACCGUCUACGCCAUUUGGGUUAACGACGUCGACCAAGGCCUUGGAAACAGCGCUUCUGGAUAUAUCCGCUCCCCAUCGAACAACGACCCCGUGAAGGAUGUCACGUCUUCGGAUAUGACCUGCAACGUCAACAAUGUUGCGACCGCGAAGACCAUCUCAGUUGUGGGUGGAGAUAAGAUCACCUUCGAAUGGCAUCACAACGACCGCACCGCGUCCGACGACAUCAUCGCCUCUUCCCAUCUCGGUCCCGUCAUGACCUACAUUGCACCUACAUCCUCCAACGGCGCCGGAGACGUGUGGAUCAAGCUCGCUGAAGAUGGAUACGAUGGCGAAUGGGCCGUCAGCCGUCUCAUCGCUAACAAGGGCAAGCACAGCAUCACCCUUCCUGAUCUUGCCGCGGGCACAUACCUCUUGAGGCCUGAGAUCAUUGCCCUUCAUGAAGCCGAAAACGUCGGUGGUGCCCAGUUCUACAUGGAGUGUGUCCAGAUCAAGGUCACCAGCGCUGGCACAAAGACCCUCCCCGCCGGCGUCGCCAUCCCAGGUACCUACUCUGCCUCCGACCCUGGCAUUCUCUUCAACCUCUACAAUGGCUUCACCUCCUAUCCUAUUCCCGGUCCCAAGGUCUGGGAUGGUGCCAGCGGUACCGUUGCUACCAGUGCUGUCGCAAGUGCCUCCAAGGUUGUAUCCACGUCUGCCCCAGCCACAUCAGCAGCGGUGGUCUCGUCUGCAAUGGUCGUCUCCGCCCCCGCUGCUUCCACCCCGGCCGCUGUCUCGACCUUCACUAAAGCUGCCACUUCUGCACCUGCAUCUACCUUUGCUGCUCCUACCACCCUCGUUACAGCCGUUAAGCCUACCAAGGCCGCCACCUCUACUUCCGCGGUCGCCACCGCUACGCCUACGGGCCCCGUAGCGAAGUACUACCAGUGCGGUGGAAUUAAUUAUACUGGCGCUACCACUUGUGUUGCGGGAACGACCUGCAAGCACUGGAACCCGUACUACUACCAGUGUGUGUAGAUAAUUUCGUCUGCAAAUGCGCCUGAAAAUUAGGAUUAUAGGAGUGGGAGUCGAGCGAUGUGGUGCGAUUUGGUUUAGGUCUUCAGGUUAUGUUUUCACGCCAGUAAAAACGCGAUGUUUGCGAUUCUUGGUGGCGAAAAUCUGAGUUCUGCCUGUGGUAGAGCUGUCUUAUCUUCUUGUAUAUAUACUAGAGCUUUCGUCCAAAUUCACUUCUUUGAGUUGAGACA